AGAGAGAGAGAGAGAGGGAGGGGGAGAGAGGGGGAGAGAGAGAGAGAGAGCGAGAGAGAGAGAGAGAGAGAGAGCGCGACAUCCCGCCAGCAGAGGGAUCCAACGUCCACCGCCUCCGAGCCAUGGACCAGCCACAGCAGGUGUGGAGCACCCAGCUGGACCCGGGCCCCGGCGAGGCGGGCCCCAGCGGGGGGGCCCCCGGCGAGGGCGACGGCGACAGCCGUGCCUCGGUGUGCAGCCAGCCCGAGUGCUCCAUCUGCUUCAACACCUACGACAACGUGUUCAAGACCCCCAAGCUGCUGGACUGCACCCACACCUUCUGCCUGGAGUGCCUCUCCCGCCUCAUGGCCGUGACGGGCACCCCUGACCAGGACCAGGGCGCCGGGGGCGGGGCCGACGGGAGCGCCGUCCCCGCCCCCGGGCAGCUCUCGUGCCCCUUCUGCCGCCAGCACACCACGCUGUCGGAGCUGGGGCCCCCGGCGCUGGCCACCAGCAGGGAGGUGCUGUGCAAGCUGCCGCGCCACCAGCAGCAAGAGGAGCCCGUGUGGCUGGAGGGCGAGAAGCUGUGCUACAAGAGCCCGGACCCGGACGCCGGCGGCGCCCAGAGCGCCGGCCGCGCCCCCUCCUCCUCCUUCUGCAUCUGCAUCGACAUCGGCGCCAACAAGGCGGCCGAGGCGGCGGCGGCGCCGGGCCAGCGGCGCCGGAGCCCGGGGGUGUUCGAGCGCCUGACCGACUGGAAGCGGCUGCUGGUGUUCGUGCUGCUGACGCUGGUGCUGGUGGUGGUGGUGCUGUGGCCGCUUCAGUGCAUCCUCACCACCGGCAACAUGCACUGUAAGACCAUCAAGCCCGUUGACGGCAACACCCCCAGCCCCACCACCACCCCAGCCCUGGCCCUCAGCUCCUUCGGCUACACGACCGCCGCGUCCGACCGCUGAGUCACCGGGGGUCGGGGGUCGGACGACCGGCGAGGGCUCUCGGCGCGGUGAGAAGCGACGCACGUUCAGUGCAACGGAUGUGGCCAUGAUUCAUCUCAAUGGAGGCCCAUCGAGUGAUGUCACCAUGGGAAGGUAGGACAGGGACACAGGGAGGGAGAGCCACAUGGGACAGAGUGUCAGAACGCAGUGCUGGAUCACACACGCUGGGCGGAAAAAUAAUGUAUUUAUGUGCCAGGUACCUGCACUUUAAUUCACUGUGAAUGGAUGGACGAAUGGCGAAUGUUUUUCUCUCUACCACACGUGGAGCCUAUUUCUAUGUGACAGGUCACAGACAGAACCGGAGCAGACUGAACUACCAUCUUGUCAGAGACAGUUUACACAACACCAACUAAAGUUGACCGUUGAUUUCAGAAUUUGAACCACAAACCUAAUGACUGUGUACAAGCCAAAUUUGUAACAAAUGUGAACUAACAAAAGGAAAUUUUUCAGAAUUUCUACAUACUUUUUCCUUCCCAUUUCUAAAACAAAAAAUCAAUCUUGUACUUGGGUGACAAUCGGAAAUUAAAAAGUGUAUAUAUUGUGUAUAUUUGAUUUGUGCUUUUGUAUUUGAUACCUGAAUUGUCAUAAUAAAACAAACCAACAAGUGAGAAAGUAUGAGUACACUUAAAUCACCAACGCCAUCCUAACGAUGUGAUUAUAAUAACAGCGUUAGGAUGACGUUGGUCGUCGCUCUGUCGACUUCAUGGCCGUAGUUUAUGACUUGUCUGCUCUGUGUGUUUUGGCAAGAGGCCAAGCCUUCCUUGAUCCUAAUCAAAGGUUUGUCUUCCCGUCAGAUCCAGUAAAUGGUUUGUGGGGUUUCUCCACUGGUUAAACUGUGACAAAGGGCUGAUAAGGAUAUAAUUACAUUUCCUGAAGAACUGAAAUUCGGGAAGAAGUGUUCAGACAUAAUAAAAAGUCUAUUUCCUCCUA